AUGGGUAAUCGAGCAGCUCGUCGUCGACAACCGAACUCAGUCCUUUUACCUUCCGCUUCUAUGGCCUACGGUCCAAAUCCAGGUUAUCAUCCUCAUGGUUAUCGACCACCUGUUAUCGUUCAUUCGACAGAUAUGGCCGAACAACCGCAGCUUUCUUCUCUUGAUGCUAUCUAUGAUGGUCUCUUGUCUUGCUAUCUGUUUCCUUAUGUUUGUAUUUCUUAUCAUAUCUUUCCAGCUGAUUCGUAG